AACAAGGGACACCGCUCAGCCCUGCUUGGCUUAGCAGCUGUCAGGAGCCGGCCGGGGCAGUGCUCCCCACCUGUUCCAUUUCCCCACCCCUGCUCCCUUUUGCAGGGGAAAGGCGGCCAGGGGCCAGGCGACUUCCCCUGCCCGGUGUGCAGCAAGGCCUUCCCGCUGCAGCGCAUGCUGACCCGCCACCUGAAGGGCCACAGCUUGGUCAAGAAGCACAUCUGCCGGUACUGCGGGAAGGGCUUCAACGACACCUUCGACCUGAAGAGACACACGCGGACCCACACCGGCAUCCGCCCCUACCGCUGCCACGUCUGUGCCAAGGCCUUCACCCAGCGCUGCUCCCUGGAGUCCCACCUCCGCAAGAUCCAUGGGGUGCAGCAGAACUAUGCCUACCGCGAGCGGCGCGCAAAGCUCUUCGUCUGCGAGGAGUGCGGCUUCACCUGCGCCGCCAGCGACGAAUACUACACACACAUGCGGCAGCUCCACCCCGGCAACACCCUGCUGCACAAGUACCUCCGUAAGCAGGGCACCGCCCCGCUCUGCUUCCUGCUCUACCCCAGCGGGUAUUACACCUGA